UCUGGUCACGAAGCCCGUCAUCGAAUGAUCAAUCAAUCGUAUUAGAGGCUACGAGUUAUCGUUCCGCCUUCUGAACCCGGCCUUGAAAGAUGGCGGAAAUCGGUCGCGCUGCUCAAGCAGCUGUGCGCUCGACGACGACUUCACUGGUUCGAGUCGCUCCGAUACGACCUCAGCCAUACCACAAUCUUGCACUAGCAAGCAUCCUCUCCAGAAAGAGCCACAUGUCGACAACUUCAUGUAUGCGCUCUUCUAACGAGUCCACGAGAGCCACACAUAUCUCCACAUCGUCACCAUCAAGGACUCAACAACAGAAUUACUCGUCCUUCAACUGGGGCAAUCCUUCACGUCCUCCGCGUACUAUCGAGAACAUUGCUGAUCUCGACAUUCGGAAACCCACGAGCUCGUCAUACGACUUCGCCUUCCGUGGCCAAAAGGAUGGUCAAAGGGACGAAGAAGUCGACUCCGAUCUAGCGCAGGACUUUGCGUCUAGUAUUGACAUCACCGAUUUGCAGUCAAGCAAGCAGUCGCGGCACACCGCGCCUGUUGCCCCUCGGGCACAAAUACGCUUGGUUCCACGUACUGGUCGUACAGUUUAUGUCGGCAGCAACGUGGAUAUUGCGAGAUCAUUUAAGCUGCUAGCCGUCCAAGUUGGACAGAACAAGAUACGCCGAGACUUUCAGCAGCAGAAGUUUCACGAACGACCUGGAAAGAAGCGAAAGAGGCUGGCGAGUGAGCGCUGGCGCACGAGAUUCAGGAUUGGCUUCAAGGCCACUAUCUCAAGAGUUCGGGAGCUUACAGCCCAAGGCUGGUAAAUACGUGUACAUUAUCAUGAGCAUCCCCAACUAAGCAUCUGGGUAGACUUUGUCAUAUAGAGCUCCCAUGUACCACCUAAUGCCUGACAUUUGACCAGAGUAGCCACUAGUGUGGUAUGGAUGCGUACAACUUGAGGACAAUUCUUUGAAAAUAGGUCCGACCAAAAUGACUUCUCUUUCAUGCACAGUGU